AUAAAUAGAGCCGCAUGCAUCGCUUUGGAAGCACUGCUCCAAUUGACAUUCUGCAAUUUCGGAAGAAAAUCCAUUUAGGAAACCAUUGAGUGUGGAUCCAAAUUAUGCUGAUAUAAACUUCAAACAUGGAUUCAAAAUACAUCUGUGCUCUUUUGUUGUUGGUAUCAGUGACUCUGGUCUACGGAACAGGAUUUAAUAGAUAUGCGUAUUUACGUAAAAAUGUAAAAAGCCAAAAUGAUUAUCAUGUAAAUGGAUAUGAUACUCAGAAUUCUGAAGAAGAAGAAGAACAUGAAAACAAUGAGGACAGCAGAGAAUAUGAAGCUGAACAAGGACAAUAUGCGGAACAAGGACUACAAGGCCCACCCGGGCCACAAGGCCCACAUGGCCCACCAGGUGCUCCUGGAAAAGAUGGCACAGGGAUGCCAGGAGCCCCUGGCAAACCCGGGAGACCAGGGGCACCAGGAAUGUCAUCUAUGGGAAAAUCAGGGAUUCCAGGAGCACCAGCAAGACCAGGUGGUACAGGGGCCCCAGGAGAAAAAGGCGACAGUGGAACCAACGGAAUUCCAGGACCCAGAGGCAAAGCAGGACCCAUGGGAUAUCCUGGGCCAACAGGGUUAUCUGUUGCUGGUAAACCAGGCCCUCAUGGGCAACCGGGUACAUCAGGAGCUGCAGGUCAACGAGGGGAAAGAGGAUUGCCAGGACCCAUGGGUCUUCCAGGGGCAAAUGGGAAAACGGGAAUGGGAAUCCCUGGGCGUCCUGGUAGCAGAGGGGAAACAGGCUCUCAGGGCCGAUCAGGCCAACCUGGACCAGCAGGAAUAGGAAUAGCUGGUGCUCCUGGUCGUUCAGCUGCACCAGGGGAAAAGGGGGCAAUGGGCGCAUCAGGUGCUACAGGAUAUCCAGGCACACCAGGACCAAAAGGGCCAAUGGGAAGUCCUGGUAUGCCUGGAGUUGGAAAACCUGGAAAUUCAGGUGCACCAGGGAUGCCAGGAGCUUAUGGAGCCAAAGGUGCUGCUGGUGCCCAUGGUGUGACAGGUGCACCUGGACUACCUGGUUAUGGAAAACCAGGAUUACCAGGCCCCAAAGGAGAGCGUGGCUCAACAGGUGCCACUGGUUACCCUGGUGACAACGGAAAGCCCGGAUCAGUUGGAGCAACUGGAGCACCUGGAUCUAGAGGAUUACCAGGUGCAACCGGAUCACAGGGCUCAAGAGGCCAGCCAGGUGCAACUGGUGCAACCGCAGAGAAAGGACCAAUGGGACCCGUUGGUCAACCUGGAUAUCCAGGAGCUAAGGGUGGUGCAGGACUUGGAGGUGCCCCUGGUAAAUCAGGAAUGCCAGGAAGGCCAGGUGCACCUGGCCAUUCCGGACAACAAGGAACAGCUGGUUCCAAAGGGAGUGUGGGACCUGCCGGUGUACCAGGUAAAUCUGGAAGCCCUGGCAUUCCAGGUGCUCAAGGUGCAGUAGGGUACCCUGGGGAAGCAGGGGCAAGAGGAAGUUCUGGCCCAGCUGGCCCAAGAGGCCCAUCUGGCACUCCAGGUACUCCAGGAUCACCUGGAGAAAAAGGAGAUACUGGACGUCCUGGCCCACCUGGUCCUUCUGGAAAUUAUUAUGGGAAAAUGAGCAAUGGCGUACCUGGUACACCUGGACCAGAAGGUCAACCAGGUCCUGAAGGUCAACCAGGUCCUCCUGGCCCACCAGGUCCACCAUCUGAAAUGUUUGCGCCUCAAGGCAAGUACAAUUAUAAUGGCUACAUCAAAUCAGGGGAGCCCUCAGCUGGAUUGCUCAGUCCAUACCCAGCCUUUACUGCUCUUCUUUCCCACUCUUAUUACCGUACUGGGGAACCAAUAGUAUUUGACAAAUUGGUGACCAAUUCAAACAAUAACUAUAAUCCGUCUACUGGAAUUUUCACAUGUGAAAUACCUGGUAUCUAUCAAUUUAGUUAUCAGGUGCAAGUCAAGGGAGCAAAUGUUUGGGUUGGAUUAUACAAAAAUGAUGAAUCUGUGAUCUAUUCAUAUGACGACUAUACAGAAGGUUAUAUUGAUCAGGUAUCAGGAAAUGUGAUAUUAUAUCUACAUGAAAAUGACCAGGUCCAUAUUCAGCUACCAACAGAAGAGUCUAAUGGAUUAUAUUCUUCAGACCUCAUGCACUCAGCGUUCUCAGGGUUUCUAAUUGUUCAUUCAUGAUGUGCGUUAGAUUAUCAAUAUCCAGUGGUGAUCUGACAUUCUAUUCUGAGUGAAGAACAGCACAAUUUAGUUAACAGAAUAAAUUCAGAAAAAAAUCAAAGUAUGAUUAUCGUUAUAUUAAGAAAUAUAAAGUUCUGACCAAUAAAUUGCUGUGUUGUUUUCAUCCACUAAACAUCACCUGUUUGAAACAAUACUUUUGGGUUUAUGAUAUGCACCUUGGAUACAAAAGCAUAUUGUUUUUCUGAUUUAAAAAAAUCCAGAAAAUUCUGAAUAUUCACAUAAAGUUAACUAAAUUAUUUUGUAAUAACAACCAUGUUAUCAUGUCACUUUAAAAUGCAAUUGCCCUUUUGUGAUACCAACACUUCUAUUGCCCAUUUUUGCAGAAAAUGUUGUACAAAAAUAUAUGUUGGUGUUUGACAUUUAUUGUUUCAUCCUUAACAACGAACCACCUCAAUCUGAUUCAGCUAAACACAAUCUGGAACUUCUGUUAUUUUCAAAGGUAUUUUGCACAAUCAAGUAUUUCAAUAUUCAUAUUACUUUGUGUCAAUAUCUGUCUACCACCAUUACUUUAUGUAUUUCAGUAGUAAGUUACUUAUUACGCUAUUCAAACUGUAAAAAGCAUGUUAUAAAUUCUAGAGAAAUCUAAUGGCAUUGAUAACCUGUGCAUUCUCCAAAAAUACACGUAUCUAAAACGACGACAUGUAAAUGUUAUUGUAACAAAUCAUAAAAUAUUUCUGUAAUUGAUCAUUUAAAAAGUUGUUUUCUCAAAUCUUCCAAAAUUGCAAAUGCAUUUGUGUCACUGUGCAGUUAAAUAAAUGAUGAUUGUUACAAA